AUGAUAUUGGGGCAGAAAGUGGCAGACGUACUUGUAGAAACAGCUCCUGAUAUUGGUUCAUACCACGUACUACUGUCUAAUAUCUAUGCAGCUGCUGGUAAAUGGGAUUGUGUUGACAAAGUAAGGAGUAAAAUGAGGAAGCUGGGCACUAAAAAGGUUGCAGCUUACAGUUCUGUUGAGUUUGACGGAAAAGUCCAUUUUUUCAAUAGAGGAGACAAAUCACAUCCGCAAUCAAAGGCAAUACAUGAGAAAUUGGAUGAAAUCUUGAAGAGGAUAAGGAACAUGGGGUAUGUUCCUGAGACGGGUUCGGUGUUUCAUGAUGUGGAAAUGGAGGAAAAAGAAUCUUCUCUCAGUCAUCACAGUGAGAAACUCGCUAUUGCGUUUGGACUCAUUAAUGGGAGAGCGGGACAUCCUAUACGGGCUUACUUCGACAGAGAUCAUUAUGAGAGACAAGAACAGGUUUCACCACUUCAGGAAUGGUGUUUGCUCUUGCAGAGAGUUCUGGUGACUUCUUAUUGA